AUGAUUGAAACACUACUUACAUUAGUGCCUUCAAUAUGUUGGAUCUUGUAUCGAUGUUUCAUGAUCUUGAAGACGCCCGUUAAUGAACUUAUCGAGGAUCUUAAUAUAGAGAUCCCCCACUCACCAAACAUUUGCAUUGACUCGAUUACCAAAAACUCUGCUAUUAUUCACUGGGAUAUCGAAAUAAAGCUCGAUGAGAAUCUAUACUACAUAUUGAUGAUCAAUAACCAAGAAGUGGCAACUAUAACAUCCAAGUCUUGCAAGUUGAAUAAUUUAGAUCCCAACCACCUAUACCAAAUACAAAUCAUUGCUGUCAACUCCUUGACCAAUUUCAGAUCCCAGAGUUCCGCAGUUUACAUCCAACCAAUUAAACAAGAAGAAAGCGAUUCAUUUGGAGUGGAAAUGGGCGGCAUCGAAAUUGAGAAUGAAAAACAGAAUUCUAAAGGCAUUGACCAUGAGCCAAUCGCCAAGUUCGAUGUUGACUCCAUCACCGUUGAUAUUGUGAAAACUGCUACCAGUUCCGAACUAUUGAAUGAUUAUCUAGUUGCAUUUCAGAACGAAACCAUAAAAUUGAAUCUAGAAUACAAGAACUUCCAGAGUCGUAUCGGGAAAGAGUCUUCGGCUUUACAAGAACAACUCAAGUUUUAUAAACAAGAAUAUGACGAAGAAACGGACAACAAACUCAAGAAGGAUAACGACGUAAAAACGUUGGAAAGGAACAAAGACAAACUAAAUUACCAAAAAUUGAAGUUGACCAAUCAACUCAAUGCAUUAAAAGCUAGCAUCGAACUAUUCCACACUAAGAUAGACGAAUCCAAACUAAAAAUAAAGAAAUUGAACGAGAAGAAUGCACAAAUACUCAGUGGUGAAGUGCAUGAGAAAGAGAAAAUCCACCAAGAGGUGGCUGCAAUUAGGCUCAAGAGUGAAAAGGUGAAGAGAGAAAACGAGAAGAUCGAGGAACAUUUGAAGCUGUUGUUAGCGGAAAAGAAAGAGCUCAGCAACAUUUUACAACAAAUUGAGCCGUUGAUUGACGAAUUAAAUGGACCAGCCAGCGUUCCUGGUAUUGCCAUCAACUCGGGGCCCGUUUCUGGAUCCAUAAACGGAGCUACAGGAGAAGUACCUUCGACUAUUUUCACGAAAGAGGGCAACAUCAAUCCCAAGGUGUUUGACACCUUGGGUAAGAUCUUUGGUAUCGUGCCCUCGUGGGAAGAAGAAAUCAUGCACGAGAUAAACACCUACCAGGAGACCGAGUUGCAGUGGAAGGAGGCGUUCCGAGCAGAAAUCAAGAAAUAUGUGACGCUUCACCAGUCGUUGGAGUUGGCCAAGCUGAAUCGCGACAAGAGCUACCAGCCCAUCAAGCUCACCGAGUACCAGGCGUCCAUUGAUUUCGGUGGGUUCAGCAACGCGUUGCCCAAGCCACGGUACAUCAGUGGCUCCAACAGCAACAGACCCAACAGAAGUUUUUCGCCUAGCAUUGAGGAUAAUGGAGCCAACCCAGGCUUCUUCAACCACUACUCACUGGUCUACUCCAACGAGGACCUCACGGUGUCGAUCCUCUCACCAGAGACCGAGCGGGUGCUGUUGCUUCCAAUGAACUCGCAGUUGAACUCUCAGUUGAAUUCCCAGCCUUUGAAUUCCCAGCCAUUGAAUUCCCAGCCUUUGAAUUCCCAGCCAUUGAAUUCCCAGCCAUUAAAUUCCCAGCCAUUGAAUUCUCAGCCAUUGAAUUCUCAGCCAUUGAAUUCUCAGCCAUUGAGUUCUCAGCCAUUAAAUUCUCAGUUGAACUCCCAGCCAUUAAGCACUCAACCAUUGAACCAGCUCCUGGGCUUCCCCUACGACGACCAGAUCUACACCGCUAGCUUGAACUCGCCCAUC